GCCUUCUUAGCGGAUUGAGUGAAAACAGCUGUUGCAGUGAGAGUAGUUGACUGUUGGGUAUUGUGUUAGUGUGCGGUGAGAGGAGUGGUAUAUUUUGAAUUUAGGUUGUGGUUGUGUAACAAGUGUAAACAGAUGACAAAAUGACCAGUACAAAUUCGAGAGAAGUUAAAUAUAUUUACCAACUACCAUACUAUGAACACAAAGAGCUGUGCCGUUUGUUGGAUCACAAUGACAAGUGGGAAGAGCUUGGUGGAAAACAUAUGAAUUUUGACAUGAUGACAAUCCAUGAAUUACGGAGAUUUUUUGUAAGAGGUUUGUCACCUUCUGAGGAACUGCUCAACAGAUGGGGUCACCAAAACCAUACUAUACUGGAACUGUUUGCUCUGCUGUCAAAAAUGUGUUACUACAGAGCAAUGAUGAUCUUGAAACCAUUUGUUGAUCCACAGUACCAUCACUUUAUAUAUGAAGGAGAGCAGUUUCUGGACUUAACUGAACGUGCCAAGUACUUGGAGGAAUUAAAGAACAAUAAAUCAAAUGUGCCAGUCUUAUCACCUUCUGUUGUUCCUCAAGCAAAUUCCAGUGUUGCUGACAAGGACUUGCAUGUUGGAAUUCAUAACCUGAAUCUUCCAUCUGAGGCAGCUAGGAGGCCUGCAUCCAAACUUAUCUUCCCACCUACCACUUCAUCCUCAGAAGCCAAAGCACCAAACACAGUGGUGCAACAAACAGAACAAUCAGGAAACAUCUCCAAUGACAACAAUGAAUAUGCUACUGUGGAAGCAGGUGCUGUCAAUGCGGGCAGCCCAGCUGUGAACACGCCUGCUGCACCUGAAGUUGCUGCAGCUGCUGAGCCAGAGAAUAAGGACAGCAAUGUUCCAGGGAUAAAUACACAGCGCAAAAUGUCCAAUGCUUCAGAUGUGUCAUCAAUUGCUGAAUCCUGUGGCACCAUACCUGAUAUUCCAUACAAAGAGCUGAUGGUUGCUACAAACGGUUGGGACAAACAUACAAUUCUUGGAAAGGGUGGAUUUGGCACAGUGUUUAAAGGAAUAUGGAAAAAUACACCUGUAGCAAUCAAAAGACUUGAACAGAGAACAGAAUCUGAUGAGAGUUACCAGGCUCAGAUCGAGCAAUCAUUGCGUGAGCUGAGAGUUCUGAAUGCAUGCCGACAUGACAACAUAUUACCUAUUUAUGGCUUCAGCAUGGGUGGAGAUGAGCCUUGUCUUGUGUACCAGUACAUGCCUAAUGGAUCUGUUGAAGAUCGUCUUCUUUGUCGAAAUGGCACUCCUCCACUGUCAUGGGAUCAGCGUCACAAUAUUGCUGAAGGGACGGCAAGAGGUCUUCAGUUCUUGCACAACAACAAAAAACCAUUUAUCCAUGGUGAUAUAAAGAGUGCCAACAUACUACUGGAUACCAACUUUGAACCGAGGAUUGGUGAUUUUGGGCUUGCACGUGAUGGUCCACAGGGUCAUUACACUCACAUGAAAGUGAGCCGAGUCCAUGGUACCCGCCCCUAUCUGCCUGAUGAAUUCCUGCGUUCAAAACAAAUUUCCACAAAGGUUGAUACAUACAGUUUUGGAAUUGUUCUCUUUGAGCUGGCUACUGGUCAAAGAGCAUACGAUGAGUCGAGGCAGAAAAAAUUUUUGAAAGACCAUGUGGAGGCGUGUGAAGAUCAACAGAUCCUCACAUUAGCUGAUAGGAAAGCAGGCCCUUGUGAUCAGGCAACAUUUCUAGAACUGGUGGAGCUGGGCAAAUUGUGUGUCCGCAAGCGUGCAAAAGAUAGACCUGAAAUGGAGGAAGUAUUGAAGCAGCUUGAAGGCAUGUCUAAUCGAAGACGUAUUGCAUCACGUGCUCAGAAUAUGGUUCGCCAGUUGACACCUUCAACCCCUUACGAGUUGCAACUCCUGCACGACAUCUGCAGCCAACAGCGCCGCAUGUCCAGCCCGUCAGCCAGUCCUGCUGCUUCCCCUCAGCCGUACGCCGUGCCUGAUUUGACCCAUGGAGCUCCAAACUUGCCUUUUAUUUCCCCACUGUAUCACCUCCAGCAGCAGCAGCAGCAACAGGUGUUACCACAGCAACAGCAGAUUCCUGGGGGAUUGGCAUCUCCUGUGCUGCCCAACAAUCGAUUUUUUGAUGUGGUCAGUAAUGGGAAUGCCCAAAAAAUGAAUGUACAUCCUGAGGAUGAAAACAGACUAGUGUACAAUAUUCAGAGGAAUGUACCAUCUCCUCUUCCUUAUGAAGGGAACUUCAAUAAUAUUGUUGAAACAGCUGUUCCAAAUGAAAUGAAAUUGAAUGGUGUUGUUGACUCAGUCAUCCUCAAUACACCCAGGAAGCAAAAUGUCCACCCCAAUGGUGGUGGCAGUAUAAAUCCAUUUCAGAUGAAUAGUUUGCAGAAAGCAGUGAAUUUAGUUGCAAAUGGUGCAGCUGAUAAUUUGAAUAUUGAUGGGCAAAUUCUGAAUUUGCCUAGUCAUCCAACUGUGCUUCCUAGCUUGAUUAAGACAUCUGCAGAGUCUGUUGCAUCACACCUUGGACAAAAUGACUUUGGACUGCCAUUGACAAUUACAGCUGCUGCACCACUGAUAGCCGUUACACCACCAACAGCCAGCUCUUUCUCCAAGCAUAUACCAGUUGCCGAAGAAUCCCAAAGUCAAAAUAACAGUAAAUCAGAAAAGGUAGAAGAGAGGGAUGCUGUGCUAGCAGUGAACAAUUUUGCACCUGGAGAGGCAAGUGUUGGUGGCCUACCGUUACUCUCUGCACUUGGAAUUAAGAGUGCAGAUAACAUCAGAAGUGACAGUAACAAUGCAGACAGUUCCAGUGUUAAUGAAAGUACAGACAUGUUGUGAUAACACUGCCGUAAUAACAUACUGAACAUCUUUCCAUAACUGUUAAUAGUAUGUAUUUGACAUUUAAGCAGCAGAUUCCAUUUGUUAAUAUUAAUAUUAAAUUUAAUUUUUCAGAGAAUGUAGAGGCUUGUCCUAUUUAAGUAUAAUGUGUGAACCAUACAUAAAGGUCAACAUUUUAAUGUGAUGAAGGAUCAGGACUACUUUUAUUCCACCAAUUUCUGAUAUUUCGACUCAGUUUUAGGCUAUCAUUGCCUGCAUGAUGAGAGAUAGCUAGAGGGGUGCUAAUCAGUCAACCAGCAUUUACGAAUUUUGUCAUUUUAAUGCAGAUUUAUGGAAGGUGGACAGAAUUUUCUGGACACUAAGGAACAAGCUUUCAUAUAGAAACUCUUAAGCACAUGCAACGGAAAUCAGUGGGCUCAAGGUAGUUUUGUAUAAUAUCGUGUUUUCCCUCUGUGCCUUCAUUUUACUUGGCAGCUUUAAACUAAAAAUGAAUUGUCAUGAAGUUACUAUGUGAAUGGUUAGCUAACCAUGUUUUCUCCCCAAACAUUCAUUUAGUCCUGUGACAUGUUAGUUCUCAUACUUGGCACCAUAAAAUUUGGAUGAAAUGUUGGUGAUUCUCAUAG